AUGCUAUCCCUCACUCUACUCCUUUUGCUCCUCGUCCCCGCACCCGCCCUCGGCCGCAAGAUCACCGUAACGAACCGCUGCCCCUCGACCGUCUGGCCCGCGCUCCUGACGCCCAGCGACAUUGGCUCGCCAAUCCCCUCACACCCUGCCGGCUGGGAGCUGCCCAGCGGGGACUCGACAAGCUUUGAUGUCGCGCCAAAUUGGACUGCUGGGCGGAUCUGGGCGCGGACGGGGUGUGUAAACCAAGGUGGACAGCUGAGGUGUCUAACUGGUCAGUGCGAACCGAAGUCAGCGGGAAGUCUGGAGUGUUCUGGUGGAGGAGAGGCGCCAGCGACGCUGGCUGAGUUUACCCUCGCACCAAACGGACAGGACAACUACGACAUCUCCCUCGUCGACGGCUUCAACGUCCCCAUGAUCAUCCUUCCCACAGCGCCGGACUGCCCAAAGCCCGACUGUCCUGUCAAUAUCAACGCCAAGUGUCCCGGCGUGCUGCGAACCGGUCUCGACCAGAAUGGCGCGAAUUUGGGCUGUGUGUCGAGCUGCAUCAGAGGGUUCGGACAGGAGAAGUUUGGAAACAGGGCUUGCUGCAGCGGCGGCUACAACGAUCCUGCGCUCUGCGCGAUCUGCGGUGUAGACUUCUACAAUGUCUUCAAGGUCCACUGUCCCAAUGCUUAUGCUUACGCCUACGAUGAGAAGUCUGGCUCUGCCCUCUUCACCUGCCCUUCCUCCUCAUCCUCCGACUACGAGAUCGUCUUCUGCCCCGGUGGCUCAGACUACAUCGGCCCUAAAUCCGCUUCUGUCGAAUAUGACAACGAUCGCGCCGCUUGCGCCAACAAGGUCAAUAGCGGACCUCAGCAGUUCGCUGUGGGACCCAGUCCGACCCAGGGCGCCAGUAUUGGCGAUAUCAAGUACACGGCUGGAGCGGGCGGAGGAGGUCCCGCUCCCAGCGCGGGCAAGUCGGUCCCACCUGGGGGCACGUCGAGUGCCGCAGAAGACAAUCACAACGCGGAGGCAGCAGGGAGGUGGAGGAGGGAGACCCACGGGGACUACGACACGGCGAGGAGGCAGGCCGCGACCUUCGGGGACGGGCGGUGUGAUCGGGCAGCAGCUGCAGGCAGCGGCGGUGGGUCCGAAUGCGGGGAAGAAGGUCUGCGUAAAGCCGGUAAAGCGCGGGUCACGCAGGGUCUGAGGGGAUGA